AUGGGGGAUUUGUACACAAUUUCAGGGGAUGACUUUGAAUGGGAUGAGACCUACGUCAAGGUACCAGAUCUUGCCAUUCAAGGAGAAUGGAACGUGGAUAUUCUGAAUGAUAUUUUACCCUCAGAUCUGGUGGAACAUAUACUUUGUCACAUCAAACCACCUAAAGAGAGAUGUACUGAAGAUAAACCAUGCUGGAUGUUGGAGUCAAGGGGAGCCUUUACAGUGAAGACUACAUGGAAUUAUAUAAGGCAUAAGGAGGACCCUAACAGAAUCUAUAGGUGGAUAUGGACUAAAGGAAUGCCGUUCAAAAUGGCCUUUAUGAUGUGGCGAAUAUGGAAAUUUAAGAUCCCAGUGGAUGAUAGGCUGAGAAGAUGGGGUCUAGAAGGCCCACCGAGAUGUUUAAACAUUACUGGAUUACAACUAAGAGAAGUGAUAAUGUUGUGGUGGGGGGCCAGUAUCAAACCAGACCAAAAGUCAUUCUAUAGAGCUAUGCCAAGCUUCAUAAUAUGGGAACUAUGGAAGAGGAGAAACAAAAAGAAGCAUGAAGGAAAGAACAUCUCCAUACCAAGAGUCAUACAUAAUGUAACUAGAAAUAUGUUUAUGUUGGCAAAGGUAAGAAGGCCUAGUAUGAAAAGUAGAGGUAGCUGGGCAGAAAUUCUGAAGGCAAUGGAGGACUAUAGGCCAAGAGUGAAGAAGUGGGAGUAUCCACAAACAGGGUGGAUUAAAUAUAACACUGACGGAGCAUCUAAAGGAAAUCCGGGAGUGAGCUCUUAUGCAUUUUGUCUAAGGAACGAGAGAGGAGAUAUUAUGUAUGCUGAAGGUGCGUGUAUGGAAAACACUACAAAUACAGUAGCAGAAGCAAAGGCCAUCCUAGAAGAAAGUAAGCAUUGUAAGAAAUCACAUUAUAAUCAGGACAUCAUUCAAACAGAUUCUAUGCUAAUGUGCAAAGUGCUAGAAGGAAAAUGGGCUACCCCAUGGAUAAUCACAGAUCUGGUGGAAGAAAUUAAGACAAUAUUGAAAGACAUACAACAUACAUUCCAUCAUAUAAUGAGGGAGGGAAAUCAACUUGCGGACUACUUAGCAAACAAGGCGAUAAAGAAAGGUACAUGCAGAUAUGAGGAUUUUAAUAGUCUUGAACCUAAUGGAAGAAGAAUACUAAACAGCGAUAAAAGUCAGACCCCAUACAUACAAAUAUCACCAUUAAGGAGGCAAUGGGAAGGGGGAGGAUCGAGCCACAACUAA